AUGUCAGAGGAAGAAGCACCUUUGGAGGCUAAAAAUUCAAACUUGGGCAAAACCCUUUUGUUGGGGUCGCAUGCAAGUAGCUCAGGAAAGGUGUAUCGCGAUAUAGUUGGAAGUGCUUAUUAUGUUGCUCCAGAAGUUCUACACUGCAGAUGUGGAAAGGAAAUAGAUAUAUGGAGUGCAGGAGUUAUAUUGUAUAUCUUACUUAGUGGUGUCCCUCCAUUUUGGGCUGGUUAUGGAUAUUAUCAUUCCCAAUCUAUGCAACUUUAUGAUGUCAUUGUUGAGAAUAUGUCUACCGAAGAGAUCCAAGGUUUGAAGGCAAUGUUUACAAAUAUGGACACUGACAAAAGUGGUACAAUCACCUAUGAAGAACUAAAGGCAAGAUUGCAAAGACUUGGCUCAAAGCUUAUAGAGGCUGAAAUGAAACAGCUUAUGGAAGCUGCUGAUGUAGAUGGAAAUGACUCAAUUGACUACAUAGAAUUCAUCACUGCUACAAUGCAUAGGCACAAGUUGGAAAAAGAUGACCAGCUUUUCAAGGCCUUCCAAUAA